AUGUCGAACUAUCGCAGGCAGGCGCCACCACCAUUCUGGAAUAGGUUGUUUCAUCGCUAUUCGCAACUACUCCAGCACUUUCAGCAUGGUAAUCCUUCCUGGCAGCACCUCUUGCCUAUGGCAAAUCUGCGGAACGCUCUGGUUGAUUUUAAAUCGGGUGAGCAAUUACAGGAGCCAGUUUCGACAAGCAAAAAGCCACCAAUCCCCUCCAGACGUCAGUAUGUAUUGAAAUUUUUAGUUCUUUUUGUGGUAAAACAGAGACCUUUGCCUAGGAAAACUUUGAAGAAGCAUCCACAAAGUCAAAAAAUCAUUGCUAAUACAUACCAAAAAAGUGUUCCCUUAAAAAAGUUCCUACCAAACAAAAGAAAAGGAAAUCAAAAGCACCUUUUGGCGGGACAAAAAAGCUUAUACUCCUCUGGAGAAUUGGAUAAUAUUGAAAUGUGUUCUUCCAACUAUAACUCAUCUUCUGAUCGACUGCAGGAGCUUUUCAAAAAUUGGACAAGAGGAAAGAAAUCCAGAGAAAAGCCUUGGCAACUGUCCAAGGAAAUGAAAUUACUUAAAACCAAUUGUUUGCUGAGAACAAAAAAAUCCUUCAAGAGAACGUAUGAUCCUUAUAAGAUUUCAUUAAGCGCACUGCAUUACAAAGCCACUCCAAGGAUUCACUACCUGGCAAGGCCUCAUAUUAGGGACCAACAGGAAGCGCCUGGAAUGGUUCCAAGGAAAAAUCAAGUCCGCAAGAGAACCACAAAGCGCCUUAGAAAUCUGGCCAAGCCCAAGCUGCGUGAGGAUAGUGACAUUCGGAAGAAACCAUUUCAAGUUUCAGGACGUGCUUUGCGGGCCAAGAUUACAUCACGUCUUCAGCUAUUGGCCAAGCCAAAAACAUGAGGUCAACGGCAAUUGCUAGGGAUCGGAAGAUUAUCUGGGAGCAGUGCAGAUAUUUCCAGAUCCCUGCCAUCUGUCGUUACAUUGUUUUUGCUAAGUCGAAAAUAAAGAACAAUGUUAGAUGAUAGAGAUCAGAAGAUUAUUCCUAACAUCUUCAGAUCUCUGUCAUCUUUCGUUGACCGAUUGGACUUCAAAAUCAAGGGUUUGGUUUAGAUCUUAUGCCAAGAAAGUCAAGAGCUAAAACUUAAAAAUUUUAAUUCUUUAAUAAAUGAAUAAAAAUAUAUCAAA